UUCGGAAUAAUAGUGAUAAAUAAAAUCAACAAACAACAAACGUCGUAAAAUUAUUGCAAUACGAACACUUUUUUAUAGUAGUUAAUACCAAAUAAGUUAAUAUCGUUUGAAUUGUACUUGUUAAUACUUAAUACACAUUAAAAAUUACACAUACAUUAUGCUAUGUCUAUUAGUGGCUAUUACCAUUUCAUCUAUUUCGUGAUACGUCUGCCUGAUGUCUGUGAGUCUACGAGGUUUGACAGGACAGAGUUAAAUAACAAUCAUUUCAACCAAACACGAAAACGUAAAAUAUAAUUUUACUAUUGUCAACAGUCUUCCAAUAGUGUUGAUUCAAACGCCUUGAACAUCUGAAACAAUCCAAAUCCACCGUUUAACCUUUCAUGUGAUACAACUUGCACGGGCAUUUGUAUUUAUGAGGACGUUUCAUUUUCCAACCAUGUCCAUUUCAUUGUGGUCAAUAUUGAAUAGAUUUAACACCGAUAAAGCUGCAUCGUACAGCCGCCUAUCUACCGGCACUGGACACUUUCGUAUCACUGUUUGGGACCCCACAUUGAUUGUUGCUCAAAUAGCGUCUGUCCAAUGUCUUUACUACUUCACCAUGUGUGUUUGGAUCACUAUUAUCAGUUAUGUGGUUGGCACUUCAAGAUCGUUGGACAUCAUAUUUGAAUUCAAAGAGUUGAGCAUAGUGAAUAGUGAAAAAUUUGUUAUUGCCGCGUUCGCAUUGAAUGCACUUAGUGGGGCUACAUUCAUUUGGCGCAUUGUUGAAAGAUAUCGAUUGUGUUUAGAUUUUUCUUGUACUAUACACACCAUACACUUGGCAGCUUGUAUAUGGUAUAACAGAUCGUUGCCUACUCCAUUUUGGUGGUUAUUAAAUGCUUCGUGUGCAGCAAUCACGUGUAUAUGCGCCGAAUUUCUGUGCAUGCGGACAGAGUUAAACACUAUACCUGUAAAUAGUGGACAAACGCCAAAAGUUGAUUUGUAAAUGUACACUGUAUAAAUAUUGAUCUUUAAAUUAACACUAAGUAUUUAUUUUAAAGUGA